AACAACGUCCCCCUUUGCUAAUUACUUCCCCUCGGUCAGAGGACAACAAAAUGGCCGCUGCUUCACGUCGCUAACACUUCUGCCUCAAUGUUACAACGUUAAGUGCAACGGCGUGCGCUUCGAUUAACCGUCGCAUUUUUUUUUUUUUUACCGUUUGCGGACCCCCGCACCUGUGACCACUUAUCGACGCCGCCAUGCUCCAGGUUUUCGGCGGCAGGAGCGUCCGGGCGGCCGGGCUCCUCGCGCCCAGGGGCGCCGUGCUCGUGGAGGCCGUCCGCGGCCGAAAGUCCCGCAGCGACCCGGUGGCCAAGUCCAAAGAGGGGCGGAUCAAGGUGCCCCCCCCGGUCGAUCCCGUGGAGAUGGUGGUGCUCAAGGAGAGGUACACGGAGUACCAGAUGAUCAUGAGGGCGCUCCGUCUGGAGUUUAAGGAGGAGGUGCUGCGGAAGAAGUACGAGGAGGAGACGGGCUCUCAGGCGGAGGAGAGGGCGAGGCAGGAGGCGGAGGAGCACCGCGCCCUCAUGGCCUGGAACGACCAGGAGAACCUGCGCGCGCUCAGAAUCAGAAUGACGAGGAUCCGGAGGGAAGAGGAGGAAUCUGCGCGCGAGAAGUUAGAAGCAGCCGUUAAGCGUGAACAAGAACAGCAAGAAUUCAUCAAAGAAAAAGAGAGGGAAAUUUUGCAGUUGCAGGAGGACGCAAAGAACUUCAUCACCUUGGAGAACUUGGAUCAGCGUAUCGAAGCGGCUCUGGACAACCCAAAGAACUACAACUUUGCCAUCGACAAAGAAGGCAGAGUUGUCAAACAGACAGUGCUGCAGUGAAACGGCGGAGCAACCUGUGCGUGUCUGUCUCAGACGAAAAACAAAGGCUGACGCCCGUGUUUGGUUUUUUUUUUUUUUUUUGUUAACCCUGGAAGCGAAUUUUCUUCAAACACGAACGCUGGAAAAAACUCUCGGGGUGAGAAGCUCUGCGGUGCCCGUAAACUAAGAAGUAUUUUUGAAAUCAUUCAUCAGCAGAUAACUCAGAUAAUCUGCAUGAAAUUUGAAGUGAUUUAAAGUAGUUGUUGUUGGUGGUGGACAGGCAUCGUGUCAUCAGAAGAGUAUAUGAGCUUGGACUCGGUUUGGCUUUUGACAGAAUGAGACCAUAUUUCCAACUUUACCCGGACACUUCUGUCAUGUGACCAGCCGUUUAACCAGGCUGCCUUUAUUUUUCACACGUCUCCUUUAUAUUCUUCCUUAUCACCACAGCGUGUUCUUUUGAUCGUUAUCUUGAUAUGUAAUGUAUAUAAAGUAAAUUAAUGUUUCUUGGAGUUUCCUCUAAAUCUUAUCGGAUGAAAAUAAGAUCACCUUUUUUUUCCUUUUCUUUUUUUUUUUUUUAAUCUACAUUUUCCGUAACUACUCAGCCUCUAAACCAAUGAAUACUUACUUAGGAACUGUCUAUUUUCAUUUUCCUUUUUACAACAUAACGUCAAAGUGCGAGAAACCAUAGCAAGACAAGAGGACUCCGUUAUUUUACAAUGUCCAUUCAAGAGAUGUUCCACAAUAUGCUCAUUGGGUUCUCAAACUUUCCACCUUUAAAAAAAAAAAAAAAAAAAAAAAAAAAA